GGCGUUGUUCGACAAUAGCCAAGGGAAAGGAAACAAAGCAGAUGGCAGAAAGUGGUUCAAGGCUACCCCGGUUGAAACGAUGCCUGAUCAGGCGGAUGGGCCAACGGGAAGAGCAUGGAGUGGCUGCUUCCACCCUCCAGGAAUUGAAGAUGAAAGCCUGCCAUCUGCUAGCAAUUGGCUUGGCCUCCCAGCCUGUCACUUUGGUUCUGGCUGAAGACGGCACCAUUAUAGAUGACGACGAUUACUUUGGGUGUCUCCCCCCGGACACCAAAUUUGGGGUGGUAGCCAAGAAUGAGCAAUGGACCAGCACAGGUGAGGGCACAACUUGGCUAGGGGAAGAGAUGACGAACACGAAUGAAGUGGACAGCGGUGGGGAAAAAUGGAAAGUUUUGGCCAGGCAGUUGAAGAAGGACCUAUCUACCAUCGUUCUGAUGUCUGAAGAAGAUCUCCAGGCACUCGUUGAGGUUCCGUGUUCAGAUCUGGCUCGGGAACUUUCGGAGAAUCCGCUCCAAACCCAAAGGUUACAAGCGACCCUUCAGGAGACCCUGGAUAGACGGGAAGAGGAGCGACGAUCCCGUCAGCUUCUGGAACUUUACCUGCAGGCAAUAAAGAAGGAGGAUCAGGCUACGUCCACGGCACAAGUUUCCACCCGUUUGGAGAAGUACUGCCUAGUAACCAAGGAAGGAUGGAGCAGCCAUGUUAAUACCAGUGCAUCAGAAGGAGAGGAAAAAUCCGAGGGAGGAACCGAUACUGUAGACAUGGGGAGCAGCGGCCCACUCGAAAGGACUCGGCUGAGUGUCCGCGUCGUUACUGUGCUGAAAGAAAAGCCUGCCCCAGAACUCAGCCUGGCCAGUCAAGACUUAGAGCUGGUUUGCAAAGAAGAUUCAGAAGGUCUUUCUCAGGCCCUACGCUGGGACAAACACAAGACCGAAGCCUUAAAGGAGGCGUGUGGCCAGGAGCUUUCAAGGCGACGGCAGCAAUUUCACUCUCUAAAUUCACUGAGGAGCAUCUCCAAAGGAAGGAAAAAACUACCAGAGCCUCAGGAACGGUUGAGUUCUAAACGCAGGAAGUAAGAAGCCCUGGGAGUCGGGAAUUUUUGAUGGAUUAAUCACCUUUUUUUUGGUUUUUCAUGAAUGGUAAAAUGUCACCUCUUUUCCAACCAACCAAUGAAAUAUAAAAGCAAAAGGCAUUUGAGGACUCUGUCGUACCUCACUUCACCAAACUAUUUGUUUACAGGAGGUGCUAGUCCAAGACAAAAGUAUUUUACCUUUUUAACCUUUGAAGAUUUAUGGUGUAUAUCGAAAUACAAAUUCAAAAUGGUGUUUUGAAUAAGGCCCUUUCUUUGAUGCUUAAAUAUAGGAUUAUGAAAUUUAUGAUUAUGAAAUAUAGGAUUAUGAAGCUGCCAAGAUGCAGAAUUUUACCGAAGGACCUCUCCUGCUUUUAAAUUAUUGUUAAUUUUAUAGGGAUUAUAUAUAUUUAUAAAAGUAUCUGGAGCAUGUGGCUUUGAAUAUGAACAACUGAUAAUGGAUAUAGGACCAUGUUAAUGAUUAUAUUUUGGUGGGGGGAACCCACUUAUAUUUAAGAAGUAAAGGCUUUGUGUUAUUGGCUACCAUUUUGACUGCUGAUUGAGCAAUUAAACUUCAAUAUUACAUAGGCUUGCUAUAAUAAUAAUAUCAGAGUUGGAAGGGACCUUGGAGGUCUUCUAGUCCAACCCCCUGCCCAGGCAGGAAACCCUACACCACUUCAGACAAAUGGCUAUCCAACAUUUUCUUAAAAAUUUGUUGGAGCAUUCACAACUUCUGCAGGCAAGUUGUUCCACUGAUUAAUUGUUCUAACUGUCAGGAAAUUUCUCCUUAGUUCUAGGUUGCUUCUCUCCUUGAUUAGUUUCCACCCAUUGCUUCUUGUCCUGCCUUCAGGUGCUUUGAAGAAUAGUUUGACUCCCUCUUCUUUGUGGCAACCCCUGAGAUAUUGGAAGACUGCUAUCAUGUCACCCCUAGUCCUUCUUUUCAUUAAACUAGGCAUACCGAGUUCCUGCUCUUGGGAUAUGUAUUCAAGUAGGAAAGCCCUCCAUAGUAAUUUGUAAAAGUAGCAGUAAUUUGUAAAAUAAAACUGAUAGUCAAACAGUCGUGUUUUUACACACACACACUCACACACACACCAAGGUUAAAUCCAAAUAUAUUGGUCUCUGACUGAACCAAGUGUGUCCACUGAAGCACUAAGUAAGGAAUUCAUCUAAAACCACAUGAGAUAUUUCACUCUCAGUUGAAGGCAGCACAAAGGUUAGGUACAUGUAGUAAUAUUUUAUUUCAGCAUAGAACAAUUGUAUGGGGAAACAACAAAAGACAAAACAAAACAAACAGGAAAGACAAGACGGCACACAGCGUUCUUAGCUUGCCCAUAAGCCUGUUUGUGGAACUCUUUAAAAAUGCCUUACAAUCUUUUGUGUUUU